UUUUUUUUUUUUUAAUAUAUCUAGGUUAUUUCAACCAGUGGAAUAUGGACAGAAACCUGAAGGUAGGAUUGUAGAUUUCCCAAAUCCUCUAUCAUGGCGUACAGGGAAUACAGUAACGGUUAUGGGAACACAUCAUGGGAAAAGACAAGGAAGAUUGCCUCUUGCCAGAUUUUCAGCAAAUCAUAAUGAGAAAGGUGACAAGAUAGUGAAACUAAGCCAGCUGGCCUCCACAGCUGGAGCCCCAGACAAAACUAUUCAGCCAAACAUGCCUAUAACACUGCAGUUUAAAGGGAAAACAUUUACUUUAUCUUAUGGCCAACUCUGCCAGCUUACUGGAGGGCAUCUUCGGCAACUUCAAGUUGCAGGAAGUGUUCUUCACAUUGUUUCAGUGCCAGGCUUGCGGUAUUUGCAAUCUCAGUGGCCGGUUACCUUGUUGCCCCUCUAUCGUGCUGGGACUGGGACUGUUCAAGAUACUGGCUUCCCAAAGCAUUUAAAGCAUCAAGCAGAUGUGCCAACGUCUACACUAGUAACACAGCAAAUUACCAAUUUGGCAGUGGAUGAUCCAGAAACUGAAUCAAAAUCGGUAUCUACCCUAGAAUGUCCAACACAGACAGCGUUUGAGGAAAGGAACAAGCACCUAAAAGAACGCCUGGACAGAAUAUUUUCUGGAAAUGAGCGACGUUGUUCCAGAGUCCCAUUGUAUGGCAGAGACUUGUUAGGAAUUUGCUCUUUGAUUGGUGAAAAAAAGAUUCCUCAGCAGAGUUCUACCAGGGACAACAAAUGGAGGUGGGCUGGUUUUGUGAACUGUUGCCUUUCUUCAAGUGCCUCAGGAGGCCAAAAUGCUCCACUGCAAGCCCUGAUCCUGACAUCGGAUCAGCGACAGGAAUCCCUAAAGGAUUAUAUUAAUAGCACUCUCUGUGUGCUGCCGGCAGCAGUUGCUGCUCCCGCAUAUUUGCGUGUCGGAAAUCCUCCCCUUUCAUAUAGGCAUGGAAUGAAAAUUUUCAAGCAGAAUCUUAAAGAGCAGGCAGCUCCCUAUUUACAUCAGCUACAACAGAUUACAACUCCACGCUUACUACAAUUCCCUGAUCGCCGACUGGUGCAGUUUGAUUCAGGCAAAUUGGAAGCUCUUGCUGUCUUGCUUCAGAAGUUGAAAUCUAAAGGACACCGUGUGCUGAUUCUAACACAGAUGAUUCUAAUGUUAGAUAUACUGGAGCUGUUCUUAAAUGUCCGUUUUCUCACCUACAUAAGAAUUGAUGAAAAUGUCAACUAUGAGCAAUAUCUGGAGCUGAUAAAAAGAUUCAACAGAGAUAAGCGAAUCUUCUGUGCCAUUCUUUCCUCCCACAGUCCUUCCAUGGGUGGCAGUCACAUAGAGGCAAACACUGUUGUGUUCUGUGACACUGAUUUAGAUCCACUGAUGCAUGCAAAAGCUCAGGAAUGGUGUGAUACAAUUGGGAGAAACAAAGACAUCCACAUAUACAGGCUUGUAAGUGGUAAUUCCAUAGAAGAGAUGCUGUUGAAAAAUGGCACUAAAUGUUUGAUUAAAGAAGUAGCUGCUCAGGGAAAUAACUAUCCUAUAACAUUUUUAACACAGCAAACUGCUCAGGAGUUAUUUGAAGUCCAUUCUUCGUUAGAGGACCUUGAUUUCAGAGUCAAAGCUGGGGAGUUUGUGGUACUUUCUGAGAAACCUUCCCUGGCAGAAACAAUCUGA